AUGGCAGGCCAAGGUCAUGACAUGAGGCACAACCCAUCUCACGAUUUCCCCAACCAGGGUCAGCUGAGCAGAGACGACUACAUAAGCCAACCAUCCCAUCAGGCAUCCCAUGGAUCACUGAACCACCAGGGACUCGACAGUUCUUUUCAAUCCUCUGCCCAUAACAAUUAUGAGCUUCCCAAUAUUGCGCAGUCGGCCAACAGCUUCCUUCACCAGACUGGAGAGCAAGUGAAGAACAUGGCACAAGGAGCAGCUGAAGCUGUGAAGACCACGCUGGGGAUGAAUCCUGACAACAGCAACUUGAACAACCCAGGCACCGCCAACCGUUCAAACAACCCCGGCGCCGGCGUCGGCGCAGGCACCACCAACCGUUCGAACAACCCCAGCCACCCCAACAGUUUGAUUUAA